UCUGCAGUUUUAAAGGAGUUGGCAGAGUCUCCGUGCAGGGAUCGCACCAGUCUCAGUGGGGGAAAAAAACAAACAAAAAAACAACAACUUAAAAAAAGAAGAAGAAAGGCUCCUCUCGUUUUCUGCAGACUUGUCUCUCGCAAAGUGAUUUUCGAGAUGCAGAGCUGCGCCAAGUCCUGGGGCAUCUUCUUGGCCAAGUCGGUGAAUCCCGGCGCACCGUGCAGGCGUCUGAGUGACAAGAGCCGCGUGGUUUGGAAACUUCAGUGCAGGAUCCGAAACAGCGGCGCGUCCUUCCUCACUACAGCCCGCGGCGCGAGGACGUCCGCAGCCGUCUCCUCCAGGCAGAUCGAGAGAAUAUUACCCAGGCAUGACGACUUCGCGGAGAGGCACAUUGGUCCAGGUGAGAGGGAGAAGAGAGAAAUGCUGGAUGCUCUGGGAGUCGAGUCUCUCGACCAGUUGAUCGAAAAUACAGUUCCGUCCUCCAUCCGAAUGCAGCGGAGUAUGAAAAUGGAUGAUCCAAUCUGUGAGAGUGAGGUUCUGGAAACUCUACAGGAGAUUGCAUCCAAAAACAAAGUCUGGAGGUCCUACAUCGGCAUGGGCUACUACAACUGCUUGGUGCCGCCGCCCAUCCAACGUAAUCUCCUGGAGAAUUCAGGCUGGGUGACUCAGUACACACCCUACCAGCCCGAGGUCUCUCAAGGUCGCCUGGAGUCGCUCCUCAACUACCAGACCAUGAUCUGCGACAUCACUGGGAUGCCUGUGGCCAACGCGUCCCUGCUCGACGAGGGAACGGCUGCUGCUGAGGCGAUGCAGCUUUGCCACAGACAGAACAAAAGAAGAACCUUCUACAUUGACCCACGCUGCCAUCCCCAGACCAUUGCUGUGGUGCAGACCAGGGCCAACUAUAUCGGGGUGAAGACGGUGCUGAAGCUUCCUCAUGAGAUGGACUUCAGUGGGAAAGAUGUGAGCGGAGUGCUCUUCCAGUAUCCAGACACUGAUGGCAGGGUGGAAGAUUUCACAGCCCUCGUAGACCGGGCACACCAGGGAGGGGCUCUGGCUUGCUGUGCCACCGAUCUGUUGGCCCUCUGUGUGCUGCGUCCUCCUGGGGAGUUUGGCGUCGAUAUCGCACUGGGCAGCUCCCAGAGGUUUGGGGUUCCUCUCUGCUACGGCGGCCCCCAUGCCGCCUUCUUCGCUGUCAAAGACAACCUGAUCCGGAUGAUGCCCGGCAGAAUGGUCGGAGUAACCAGGGAUGCAGCUGGUAAGGAGGUUUAUCGGCUUGCUUUACAGACCAGAGAGCAGCACAUUCGCAGAGACAAAGCAACCAGCAACAUCUGCACUGCACAGGCACUGCUGGCCAACAUGGCUGCUAUGUUUGCACUGUAUCAUGGUCCUCAGGGACUCAAACACAUCGCUGAGAGGACACACAACGCUGCUUUGAUCCUUGCUGAAGGUCUGAAGAGAGCAGGACACCGUCUGCACAGUGAGAUGUUCUUCGAUACUCUCAAGAUCAACUGUAGCGUGGCCGCCAAAGACAUCCUGGAAAGAGCCGUGCAGAGGCAGAUAAACCUGAGGGUUUACACCGAGGGAGUGUUGGGUGUCUCUCUGGAUGAGAUGGUGACGGAGAGGGACUUGGAUGACUUGCUCUGGGUCUUUGGUUGUGAAUCUUCAGCAGAGCUGAUCGCUGAGAAGAUGGGCGAGCGAGUAAAGGGCAUCGUGGGAAGUCCUUUCAAGAGGACGAGCAAGUACCUGAUGCACCAGGUCUUUAACAGUUAUCACUCCGAGACCAACAUUGUGCGAUACAUGAAGCGCCUGGAGAACAAAGACAUCUCCCUGGUACACAGCAUGAUACCACUGGGCUCCUGCACCAUGAAGCUCAACAGCUCUUCAGAGCUCAUGCCAAUCACCUGGAGGGAGUUUGCCAACAUCCACCCCUUCGUGCCAUUGGAUCAGGCUGAUGGCUACCAGAUUCUGUUCAGACAGCUGGAGAAGGACCUCUGUGAAGUGACGGGCUACGACCGUAUCUCCUUCCAGCCAAACAGUGGUGCUCAGGGAGAAUACGCUGGCCUGGCUGCCAUAAAAGCCUACCUGAACUCAAAGGGAGAGAGCGCGAGAACUGUGUGUCUGAUCCCCAAGUCGGCCCACGGCACCAACCCGGCGAGCGCUCAGAUGGCUGGCAUGAAGGUUCAGGUGGUGGAGGUGGACAAGGACGGCAACAUCGACAUGGCCCACCUCAAGGCGCUGGUGGAUAAACACAAGGCGAGUCUGGCAGCCAUGAUGGUCACCUACCCUUCCACCUUUGGUGUGUUUGAGGAGCAGAUCAGAGACGUGUGUGAUCUCAUUCACAACAACGGAGGCCAGGUGUACCUGGAUGGCGCCAACAUGAACGCCCAGGUUGGUCUGUGUCGUCCUGGAGAUUAUGGCUCUGACGUUUCUCAUCUCAACCUGCACAAAACCUUCUGUAUUCCUCACGGCGGGGGAGGACCCGGCAUGGGGCCAAUUGGAGUGAAGGCCCACCUCGCCCCCUUCCUGCCGAGCCACCCCGUGGUUCCCAUGCAUGCAGUCAACGCCAGCAGCUCGCUGGGCACCAUCAGCGCCGCCCCCUGGGGCUCCAGCGCCAUCCUGCCAAUCUCCUGGGCCUACAUCAAGAUGAUGGGAGCCAAAGGACUUCUUCACGCAACGGAGGUGGCCAUCCUCAAUGCCAACUACAUGGCCAAGAGGCUGGAAAGUCACUAUAAAGUCCUCUUCAGAGGCAGGAAAGGUUUUGUAGCCCACGAGUUCAUUCUGGAUGUGAGGCCGUUCAAGAAGACCGCUAAUAUUGAAGCUGUCGACGUGGCCAAGCGGCUGCAAGAUUAUGGUUUCCAUGCACCCACCAUGUCGUGGCCGGUGGCUGGUACCCUCAUGAUCGAACCCACGGAGUCGGAGGACAAGGCUGAGAUGGACCGGUACUGCGACGCCCUGCUCGGUAUCCGACAGGAGAUCGCAGACAUCGAGGAGGGAAGGAUGGACUCCCGCAUCAACCCGCUCAAGAUGGCGCCUCACUCUCUGGCCUGCAUCUCAUCCUCCAACUGGGACAGACCUUACUCCAGGGAGCACGCCGCUUUCCCCUUGCCCUUCAUUAGACCCGAGAGCAAAUUCUGGCCAAGCAUCUCCAGGAUCGACGACAUCUACGGUGACCAGCACCUCGUGUGCACCUGUCCGCCCAUGGAGGCCUACGAGUCUCCGUACGAGGAGAAGAGGGCCUCCUCAUAGAGGCGCCUUGUGGUCCAGUCCCAAUGUCUAAAAUCUUACAGACUUUUCUUGUUUGCUCAGUGAAAAUGUGAGGGGAGGAUACACAAUCACAGAAUAAUUGGCCAUUAUUAUUAUUAUUAUUAGGAUGUUUAAUCAAAUUAGGUAAAAUAACAAAUCAAUAAGGUCAGACUCUCAUUGAGGAAAAAGCCAAGAUUCUUUGCCACUAUUGUUUUCAUCCAGCUCUGAUUUCAGACUGUACCCUAAGAAUUGUAGUUAAUUCCUCUCGAGCGGAGCCUGAAGUGUAUUAAGUUGGGGUGCAAGAGGGCUCCUAAGCCCUCAGACUCAAGUGAGGGUUAACGUCAUUGUGGCAUUGGGGAUGUGGCUUUGUCUCUGAUCACCUAUUUUAGAGGGGGGGGUCACUGGGUAUUUGUUUCCCCCCCAACUUGAACUGUUCAAAUGGACCAAAAGUGCAAGUUUGCUUUCCAGGUGGCAAAGUGCUCCCUCCUCACAUAGGCUGCUACGUAAAACAGCUGAAACUGUAUUUUAAGUUAAGUAAAUCUUUCAAUUUCUAGACUCCAGUCUAUUAAAAAAAAAAUGCCCAGGUGCCUCAAUUCUGUAUAAAAUAGUUGCUUUUUUUUUCUCUUUUCUUCCAAUAGUCUGACAAAACAGGUUUUUAAAUUGUAGGCUUUUGUUAAUAUUCAUAUGUUGUAUAAAAUGUUUCAAUGUGUUUUGACCAAGUAGAUGAGGGGUUGUCUAAACUUGAAAUGCAUUAUUUUCUAAUCUCAACUGCUGUCAGAAAAAACUGUAUUAAACAUUUUGUCUU